GAUAAUGAACCAAUUAGGACAUUCGAUGAAAAUCCCAUCUUUCAAAAGAAACUCAUGCCUAAAGGAGAGAUUCUCAAUGUAACUGAUAAUAAGAAUCGACUUUUAUGGUUCAUAGAAUAUGCAACUAUAUCUGUGGAAGGAAUAGCAUGUGCUCUCCAAAGCUCACAAGUAUGCAAGUAUCAAUUUUGGCAAUUCGAAUAUAUGCUUCACAGAGUGAUGGAUCAGGAGAAAAAUAGUGGGCGACUCAGUUCCAUUCGGCAUAUCAUUGACAUGACUGGUUAUGAGAUAAAUCCGUUUACAAUGGUGUUCAUAAGCAGUGGAACUUUAGCGUACUACUCCCAGCUGUUCCACUAUGAAAACUACCCAGAACUGGUCACACCAAUAGAUAUGGUCAACAUUGCAAAAUGGAUACACGUUCCCUAUAAACUUGCGAAAGCAAUGAUGCCGGCAGGAUUCACCGACAGAUUUCGAUUGCACGAUGGCAACUUUUUGAAAGAGCUCACUGAGGACAUAAGUAUAGAGCAUAUACCAACUACACUCGGGGGGAAGCAGGAUAGCAUAGUAUGCAUCGGUGCAGGCAAGCCACCGAGCCAAAUGGUGCCACCCACGCUUCCUCACGAGAUUCACGGACACAUGGAGUGCUUUCAUAUUCCGGCACGAGGUCGGCGCCAAAUCGUUGCUGAGGUUACCGAACCAACGACUCUAAGCUGGUACUUCCGAACCGAUGGAGAUAUAUUCUUUGGAGUAUUUUUUGAAGCGCAGAGCACACCAGUAAACAACCACCCUAAUUUUGAUCUAAUGGAGAUGGUCUAUCCCUGGUUGAAGCUUACGGCUAGACAAGUUCACGAGAGAGACUCUAUAAAAUGCGAAAGAGUAGGAAGGUAUGUAUGGCCUAGUAAUUACGUUAUUAUAGUAGUGUUAUUGCCUUGUCGAUAACA